AUGCAUAAGUUCGAAUUCAUUGAUUUAGGCGAUCUAUUCAGUGUUGCAAGCUCAUAUAGGAAUGCUGAGUUUCCGUACUAUUCUGCUGAUGUGAUCGGAGUGCUUGAGGAUUAUCAACCACUCAAAACUAUCGACACCAAAUACGGUGAUACACAAAUUCUCAAGUUUAACAUUGCUGAUGGAAGGCAUUCACAUCAGGUUACAGUUUGGGGAGCUCUUGCUGUAUCUACACAUGCACAGUACGUGAGGAUUGUGGAACGUCCAAUAAUAGCUAUUCUGUUGAACACAAUACCAUCUUUGAAGAUUUACUUCAACCUCGAUAACGAGGCUGUAAGUGCAAUGAGACAGAGGAUAUGUACCACUGCAAAGGGCAUGACAUCAUCGACACAGACGGAAUCAUCUGCAGAAAUGGUUAUUGAAACUUUGACACUAAAACAACUUAGUGAGAAAACAGACACUAAAUACCUUAAGAGUAAUUUUCUGUGCAAAGUAAGAGUCAAGAAUGUUAAGGAAAAUGAUAACUGGUGGUAUUUCUGUUGUAAUAAAAACAAUUGUCACGAGGAAGUCUCAAAGAUUGAGGGAAAAUAUAAGUGCUUCAAGUGUAAUCGGAAUUAUCCUAUAGCACAGAAAAGGUAUAAGAUUGUAGUCUUGGCUGAAGAUGAGACGGAAGCUUUUAACUGUGUCCUUUUUGAUCGUGCUGCAAAACGGAUAAUUGGCAAAACUGCUACCAAAUUGAUUGCAGAAACAAUAGAUUUUGAAACAACUAAAUCAUACCCAGCUGAUAUCAAGCAAUUGAAGGGGAAAGAUAUCAUUCUCAAGAUUGAGCUUAGUGACGAUAACAUUAUGUUAAAGAGCUCAAUUUACAAUGCUACAGACGCAUACGACUGUGGUGCUUCAUUAACGUCAGAAUCUGUCUCGGUCACGGCAAGUGGUAGCAGUUCAGAAAAUGUCGAGGUUUGA